AUGAUUCUACCCUUUUAUGAGGAGCUAGCGCAAAUGGCAGAGAAAGAUCAAAAUGGGAAAUGGGAUGAAAAGUUAGAGGUAUUCUUAAAAGUUUAUCAAUUGGAUAUGUUUUUUGUGGUGGACAUGUCGGACACUGUGGAAAAGAUUCAAAUCGAGCCUCGUGGGUGGAGAGGAGAGCGCCUAAAACCUAGGAGAAAUAAAGAAGAUUGCGAGAGGAAAUAA